CUCCAAGUAGCUUGAGACUCAAAAAGAGAAGUGAAAGAGGAGCUCGUGGAUCAACAGGCAUUCUGACAAUUUUGUUGCGUCCUGUGCCUCACAUUCGGACUUGUGGAAGCUCUAUGAAGAAUGGAAGUGACUCCAGUUACUUUCCAAUCAGGACAACUCGCUGUCAUGUGGAUGUACUUCAGCUGCCUUUUGUUGUUGAUGCUCUAAACAUGGCAAGUCUCUCAGCACGGAGCCCGGGGAAGCUGUCUGGAGAGGAUUAUCAGCACCAAAAAAUGGAAAAACUUUAUGUGUGAAAGAGGAGAAACUCCAGCAAAGAUGAAUCCAGAAUCUCUGGACUCGUCCAUCCAGAGCGCCCUCUCGGCCCUCUUCCCGCCUUUUGAUGCCACGGCGCCCAUUGUCCUUAGCCAGCUGUUUCGCACUAUUGAGGAACGUUACCACGGUGAUGCGUUACAGUGCCUGCUGGACUUCCUCAUCCCCUCCAAACACCUGCUGGAGAGUGUGCAACAGGCAGCAUGUGCUGGAUUCUCUGAUGUGGUUUUCCGCUGUGAAGGCUGGCCCCUUUGUCUCCAUGACAAAACUGUCAUCCAGUUGGCGCCUGUGAACCCUUUGCUGCUGCGUCCCGGAGACUUUUAUCUGCAGGUGGAACCUUUCGGGGACCAAGCCGCUCGCAUCGUCCUCAAAAGUCUUCUGGAGGAGGGCUGUCGAGAAGUGGAGGAGACUCCCGUCCCUGAGACUUCCUACCCGUGCAUUUUCACCGAAGAAUGGCUGCAGGACCUCAAUGAAGGGCGGCGUGGGACUCCUCUGUCCCGCUGCUUACUUUGCACUGAUCAAGGAGUGAUCAAGUUACCCUGGGCUGAAAUCGCCAUCCCUGAGUUCUUAGACAAGCCUAAAAUGAUACGCGCAUAUCGGGAAGCUCCUCCUGAACCGAAACAGACUUCAGUUCCCUCCCAUUUCAACUCCUCCACCCUCCCAGUGGAAGCCAUUUUUCUUCCCUCGAAAGACAGGAUGUCUGAUUCUUUGAGACCUGCAGGCUCUUCUUCCAAACUCAUCAAAAUGGACCAGGCAAGACGACUUCCAAAGUCCUGCUCCAAACCUUUAAUCAAACCGGUGGGUUGGGUUUCUCCCAACACCUGGGACAGACCCAGCUAUCGAGAGAUCGAAGGGGAUUAUGUAGACCUGGUGGAUGUCGCCAAAGAGAAGGACCAACCAAUUCUACCAACCGCAGUUUCAUUCAAACCAGUCAGACCUCCUCCACCUGUCCCACUUGGGAAUCCCUUUGGACUCACGCUACAGUUCGCAGAGGGGCCAUGUAUACCGUGCUGCCAGAAACAGCUGGGGCAUGAGCACACUGAGGAAGACUUGAAGUGUCGGUAUAGGGACUCGUAUGUAGCAGCACUGAGAAACCCAGUCCCUUUUGAAAGAGGGAGUGUAGACCUCCUGACUGCCCUGGAGGAGGUUGGACUUGGAGAAGAGGUAGAAAUAAUGUCUAAGGGUGCAUUUGAUGCAAAAAAACAUGAACUUGGAAACCUUUGUAAUCCCUGUAACAAACCCAUGAUGAGUGAUGAGCUCUGCCAACACAGACACAAGCGUGAAAUUAAACCAGACAUCCCUGCACACCAUCUCAAAGACCCACUUCCUACAAGUUGUGAACCACAAAACCUAAUGAAGGAACCACCCAUGGUCUUAAAAUCCACUCCUGGUUUGAGCUACAGUCAGAAACUUCAGAUGAAACUUAUCUCCCACAAAUCAGGACAUAACCCUACUGUGCAUCCAGUGUCAGAAGAGUUUUUGGUGAACUGUCAUGGUGACCUUAAGCCAAAUGAAAAUGUAGAGGUUGUGAAGCCAUCAGGGAAACACAAAGUAAAGGUCAGGUCUCUGUCCACAGUGUCAGAAACCUCUAAAGGGAGUCCACCUCUCUAUAAGCUUAACAACAGGAGCAACAGUGAUAUCUGCCCUGAAACAAUCAGCAGCAUGAUGCAAUGUAAGAGAGGGGAAAUGUUGGAUCAGGUGACUCAGAAGCUGGACAGGAGGAAGUCUCCUAAAAAAGACUCUCAGUCAUGUAGGAGUGAUACUCCCCCCACUACAGAUGGACCGGACUCACAGCUUCAUAAUUCAAAGACAGAAAAACCAUCUUCUCCAGCAGUUCGGAAUCUGUCUGCAAGUUCUGAAACGACACACUCCCUACGAACAGAACAAUCGAGUUUCAGCCACAUCAGUGGUCUGCUUGAACUGGGCAUUGUUUGUCUGCCAGGCAGCAGGGACAGGACAGGCAGAGCAGUGGUGGAGGUCCAUGCUGGAAGACAGGAGUGGAAUUCCCCUCUUGUGUCUGCCCAGAGUCUUUGUGAAUUACUGCUCUACUUACACUCCAUACUAAGGAAAGAAGUUCAAGAAUUGGGAAUGACGUUGGUCAUCAAUGCCAGGAAAAAGCCUCCCUCACUUCAUUUCUACAAAGCUCUGCUGAUGGCCCAGGAGCAAGCUCUCCAUGCCGUCCACAGUAUCGUGAUGCUGGUCGAUAAAGACACUUGUCCUCGACCUGAAAAACAGCCAGGGUUACAGAUGGACACAGUGUCAUCCAUGAAAGCCCUCAACAAGACAGUGGAGGCCUCACAGCUGACCUCUGACCUGGGAGGGACCUUCACUUACGGUCACACAGAUUGGCUGCAGUUCCAUCAGAGGCUGCUGUCUUUCAUGACUGACCUGCGUGGGGCAGACUACUUGUUGCAGAAGGCCAUCAAGAAGGUGGACGGCAGCAAAACAAUGGACUCUCCACAGGAGGUGCAGCAGUGCAUCCAUGAACAGAGGGCCUCGAUGAAAGAGGUGCUGGAAGACACUCGACUGGUCACUCUGCAGAGGGAGGGAGGGGCUUUGCUCGCUAGAAUGAGAAAAGAGGAGUUUAGAUUCCCACAGUCUGAAGACUACAGAGAUGCUCUGGAGUCAGUGACCAGUCUGUAUAACCAGGUGGAGGAGAAGCUUCACACACUGGUGAUGAGAUCAAACGAGUCUCUGCAGCAGCUGGAGUUCCUCUUCAGACUCAGAGAUACAGAGGCCAAAAUAAGCACGACGGGGAUGUGGUUUAAUACGGAGGGCGAACAGAGACUAAAGGACUCUUAUGCAACAGGCGAUACCCUGGUGUGCACUGAAAAGGCCUUGCAGCAGUUUGAUCUGAUUCUUAAAGAGUCUAAGGAGAAGCAGCAGCAAGCCCUGACCCUAGUGACGGAGGCAGAGGGAAUAGUCGCCCUAAGUGAUUCCAGUCCUGCAGUAGAUAUUUUUCGGACCCUGAUCAGCACUUUCAAAUCCAACAUGGAUGAUUUUACGUUGCGGGCAGAACAGAGAUUCAAAGAUCUGAAGACACUGAUGCAUGUGCACCACUUCUGUGCACAGGCUUCUGCCCUGGCCAAAGAAUGCAGUAGUUUUCUGGAGAAGGUAGAGCCGGGGUGUUACUCCGCUCAGACCCUAAGCACACUCCAGAUGUAUGAGGAGAGAUUAGGUGAUGAAUUCUCCACCCCACACUUCCAGGCAGUGAAAGCGCAGGCCGCUGCCGUGGGAUCGGGGGCGUCAGGGGGGAUAAGAGUGUGGAAUGCAGCCUGGGUCUCAUGCCAAGAAGUCAGACGGCGUCUUGAGGAGAUGCAGAAGAAUAAGAAAGGCGUAGAUAAAAACCAGAUCCAACAGAGCACAGCUGUAAAUCCUCAAGGGAAAGAUGGGGGGGCUGAGAAGAUGGAGAAAAGGAGAGAGGUGGGGGAGGAUGAAAGCUCUGUGACCGAGCAGCUAACUUCUCUGACAGAGGCAGAUAUCUCAGAUAGAGAAGGAAUGACCACUACUGCUGAAUCAAUCGACCACUGUUUAAAACCUGACUCAACAUGGAGUGGAGAAGAAGAAUCCCAAACACAAAAAUCACCCAAAUCACUGGUUAAAAGGGAUCAAAUGUCUCCUAUUACUCCACAAACAAACCACUGGAGUCCAGAUACCAAACAGAGGCCAAGAGAGCACCUCAGCGAGGCAGAUCUGAGGAGUGCAGACCCGGCUGAAGGGGGCAAUGAUUUUCCAAAACACCAACCUUUGGGUCGUUCCCGGAGCGAGGGCUCGUGUGUGAGCUCUCACUUGUCGAUUCUUUCUGGCUUUUUACCUUUGAAUGUGAGACACAAACACUGUCAGAUCAAGGCACCACCGCUGGAACCAAAUCUGCAGCUCAUCCAAAAUCUGCCCGUUUCCCAGAACGAGGGAAACCUGAGCUGGGAGUCAAAAAGAGACAGCAGUGAGGCGGGUGACGGAUGUCAAGACUCCAACCAGGGCCCUAAAGACUUCAAGUCCCGAGAGACAUUACUCACACCAACAGAGAACAAUGGCGACAAUGUUUUUAAACUGCGGAGGAUCAUGGAGGAGCUGCUGUCCACGGAGAGGGAGUACGUGAAGGCUCUGGGUUACGUUCGAGAGCACUACUUCCCCGAGUUGGAGAGGGCCGACGUUCCUCAGGACCUCAGGGGCCAGAGGGGGAGCAUCUUCGGUAACCUAGAAAAACUCCACGACUUCCACCGGCAUCAUUUCCUGAACGAGUUGGAGAGCAGUGUGAACGAACCCUUCAGGGUGGGACGCUGCUUUCUGAGACAUAAGGAGAACUUCGCUUUGUAUGCCCUUUACAGCAAGAACAAACCGCAGUCUGACUGUCUUCUCAUCAAUCAUGGACAGGUUUUCUUCAAGCAAAAGCAGCAGAAGCUGGGGGACAAGAUGGAUCUGUGGUCGUAUCUGCUGAAGCCGGUGCAGCGGAUCAGUAAGUACAGCCUGCUGCUGCAUGACAUGAUGAGGGAGUGUGGACCGGGACAAACCAGAGAGCUGGCUGAGGUCAAGGCCGCUCUGGAGGUCAUCCAUUUCCAGCUUCGCCAUGGCAACAACCUACUAGCAAUGGACGCCAUCCGCCAGUGUGAUGUGAACUUGAAGGAGCAGGGUCAAGUCAUACGUCAGGACGAGUUCUUGGUAACGUUCAGGAAGAAAAAAUGUUUCCGCCACAUUUUCCUCUUUCAAGAACUCAUCCUCUUUAGCAAGACCAGGAGGACGGAUGUAGGAAAUGACACAUAUAUCUACAAACAGUCAUUCAAGACAUCAGAUGUAGGCAUGACCCAAAACAGCGGUGACAGCGGCCUGUGCUUUGAGAUCUGGUUCAGGAAGAGGAAAACACAGGACACAUACACACUUCAGGCCAUAAGCCGAGAGGUGAAGGAGGCCUGGACCAAAGACCUGGAGCGGAUCCUGUGGGAGCAGGCAGUACACAACAGAGAGGUCCGUAUGCAGGAGAGGGUCUUCAUGGGUAUUGGGAACAAGCCUUUCAUGGAUAUCCAGCCCAGUGAUGCAGCGAUCCAUGACAGAGCCGUCAACUAUGUUCAAAUGGGAAGAGAAAACAAGAUGCAGUCCACUGCAGGAUCAUGUAGUUCACAGGAUAAGCUUCUUGGAGGACGACCGAUAUCUGUCGGUUCAGUGAGCACUUCCUCUUCCUCUUCUUCCUCUGGGAGGGGUUCCCUGUCCCACGUGGGAUACCUGUGUGAGUCAAAGAGGAGGGUUGUGUCAGGGGGCCUGGGAGGAUACAGAUCACCUCCAGGAGUUUUGGAGGAGGACGACCUGGACCAUGAGAGUGGGAGUCACAACUUGCUGUUGGACAGCUCCGAGUCGUCAGGAGAGAGUGUAAGCAACUUCAGCAGCUCCAGUCACAGCUACCACUCUGCUGCAGGAGGAGAGGUGGAGGACGCCUCCUCCCUCUGUGUCUCCACGAUCACUGUGAAGGAGGCAGCAGCUGCUCGAGCAGCGGAAGUCAUCCACAAACCAAGAGUUCGGGCAGGAUCCCCAGAAAAAAACCCACCACCAGUUGCACCCAAACCCAAACCACAGCACCAGACCAAGGCUGUGCCCUGUGGCAAGGUUCAGAACACCAGUGUUGGAAAAUCCACUGAAGUUUGACCUGUGAGAUACGGUACAAUAUUUUGAGGCUCCUGAGCGGUCUUUUGGUGCCACCAUUGAAGAUCUAACCAGCUGUUACUGUAAUCCAUUUCCACUCUGUAAAUAGAUGUUCUGUUUAAACUCACCACUUAAACAAUAGGUUGGAAACAUUUCUAUAACUGUACUGUACUUUGAACUUAUACUUGUGUUGAGUUUGUAUGUGCAUACCUGACGUGGCGUAUUGUCGAGAAUACUCACAGCUCAUGCACAGGAUUCUAGAGACACUACAGACUCUUAUUCAUAACCUAAUGCUAAAUGUUAAAGUGGUUAUAGAAUGGUGCUAAAGAAAACAAGCAGACUUUAAUAACUUCACCUGAUCCCAAAGGAGUUUCAUCAUAUCUUGUCACGGUCUGUGAAGAGUUUGCUUUUAAAUGAUAAACACCAUAAUGCCAUCUUUUAUGUCGUAAACAUGUUGCCUUUUCUGCAGAUUUGUAAAACAUAAUAACAAUGUAUGUCUUACUUAUUACCUCUAAAAUGAAACACAUUCUUUCUUUGAAUUAACCGUUGUGUACAGAUUAAUAUGCUUACUGGUAUGCAGAUACUGAUCUAUGUAACAGUUGUUUGGAUUUAUAUUUCAAAUACAGAAUAUUUGAAGUGA